CACAUUCCUUUCUCAUCUCCUUCAUCUUCACGAAGCUCAUGGACUUCCAUUCCUCAGGCAAAACAGAGAGUGUGGAGGAGACAGUGAUGAUGGAUUACGAUGAAGAAAACAAUCAAUUCGACGUAGAAUUUUGUCCAGUUGAGCAUCCGAUUGAACCGGAAGAAGAAGACCGUCCGGUUAAAUGUCCCGUACCAAUCACAUCUUCUCUCAUCCGCAAUUCAACGGGGAAACCAAAACCGGAUUGGGUCAAACACAGAGCCAGCUGCGAAACUCCGGUUAAUCCACCGCCACGUCAUGUCCGUAACGUACGAAAAAGACACAACUCGGUCUUCGAAGGGAACAACAACUUCUUCACGAGAUCUAUGAUGUCUUCAUCGACUCUUCGAUCUCUUGAUGACGAAACCACAGCUCGGAGAUCUAAUGUCACAAUCUACCGAGUUCGUCAGCAAGUUCACGAGUUCGAGCCGUGAAAAAAUCAAAAACUCUGUGUUCAGAUAUUAAUCGAUCGGUUCUUUUGGAGAUGUUUUCAAGACGGUGGCGAAUCUCUCGGAGAGUGCUUUUUCGCCGGCGAUUUGAUUUUAGUUUCUUUUCAGUGUAACGGAGUAACGAAAGCUCGUUUAUGUAGUUUCGGUAUAGUUUUUAUAUUAUCAUCCGGUGAUAACCGGACGGUCAGAUUCGGUUAACAAUUUAUA